AUGCCCAGAGCAGCAGCAGCAGCAGCGUCGAAGGCGAAGGCGAAGGCGAAGAGAAAGGACACCAGCGAGGAGGCAGACGAGGUCCUGGUACUAUCGCAGCAGUCAGGUAGCAGCGAUGACCAUGGUAAUAUGUUGGCUGUAGUUGCCCAGCAGAUGCAAGUCUCCUGGGAGAAGAAGAAAAAGGACAAGGAGGCCAAGUUCCUACAAGUAGCUAAACGGGAGGUCGACAAAAUAGUUACUCAGCACGCAGACCGCUUUUCCAACGCGGUUGAAGAGAUAAACACUGUCUACGAACAAUUCGUUGCCGAGUAUGCUGCAGCCGAAGACGAGAUCAGGGCGCUUUGGACCGCUAUCGCAAAAGAGCAGCAAGCAUUUAUCGAACUUGCUAUGGAGAAGAAAGAGUCAGGCUUGCACCGCGAAAAAGAGAGGGAAGAAAGCCAGCUCGAUGGUAUGGCAUCCUGCAAGAGGGCAUGCGAAGAUCUGGGCUCACUCAUUACUUCCCUGACGGGUGCGCUUUGACUGCGUCG